CAGUGCACAAAGAGAUGAGCAGGUGGAGAGCUGGAAAGUACCAGGCACUCUAUAAAAGACAGAUUAGGUUAACGUGGUGUUAUGUUAAAAAAAAUGUGUGAAUCUGCACAGCCUAAAAGUAGCUCAGCUUCUGUUUCCUACCAUGGAGUCCUCCUACAGGCGAUUGUCAAGGACUGUGCAGCUCGCUCCCUCGCAUCAGAUUGACAAACAGGAAGUGCUGUGACCUGGUUAUCAGUAGGACAAACGGAAUCCAGGAUAAGUCCCAGAUACAAUUGCCCAAACGGAUAAAAGCACCUGUCCUCCCUUGUAACCAAUGGCAGCCUCGGUCCAGACGCUUCCUCGCCCUGGUAAAAACUUCCAAAGCUCGUUCCCAGCGCCGUUCUUUUCACCCCGCUGCAACAUGGGAAGUGUUGGCAGUCUGGUGGAGAGGCCCGGCGUGGGUCCUACAAAAGUCAACCAGGCCGUUCCCCAGGUGAGGCCCAAAGCGUCCAAUGGCCUCCUGAAGAAAGGCUUCACUCAGAGGGAGCUCCUCAACUACCUCAACAUCACCAGAAAAGAGCCCAAAGCCAACCAGAGCAGUGGCUCUAAGAAGGACAUCAUAGCCUCGAUUGGCAGGCAUCAGGAAGAAAACCUGUACGCCAAGGUCUUCCACAAAGAUGGCACCGAGAUUGAUUUGACAAAGAACUCGCUUCCAAGUGGAGCGAAAUAUGAAAAGGGCCACUUUAGGUCAUCUGCCUUCAAACCUGUCACUCCCAAAAACUUCAGUUCCAUGCAGAACCUGUAUCCGUCUUCCAAAUCGGAAGACGCGGACCAUGGGAUCUCGAACGGGCUGCACAGAGCCUACGGCCAUGUCUCUCAAACAGUCUCCAGCUCAUCUUCGUCAUCAUCGCCCUCUCGUCACGGAGGCUCCUCCGGUAAUCAUAAGGCUCAGCCCACCCUGCGAGGGGCAAGCCAAGACGAUGACAACCUGUCGGACUCGGGCCACAACUCCAUGAGCAGCCUGCCGCCGUAUCGGCCCCCCUUUCGUCCAAACCAGGCUCCCAUCAGCGCAUCUAUGGGCCACAUCAACACUAUCGGCUCCCUGGACCGCACCAAAGCCACUGGGUUGGGAGGCGGGACCAUUGGGGAAAUGGCGUGUCGCAGCAUGGCAACGCUCAGCCCCUCGGUGCCAUACGAAGGGGAGGCUCCGCCUCCUUAUGAUUGGACCCUCUCCAUGUCUGUAGAAGAAGUGGUGCGGGAUUUGGAGGAGAGGCUUGUGGAGAAAGAGCACGAGCUGAAGCAGAUGAGAAGAAACCUGGACGAGAGUGAGGGUGCCAUCGCUCAGGUGUUUGAAGGCAAACAGCGUCUGUGGGAGAAGGAGGUGGAGGAACUGAAGCGCCUCUACGCUGCCAAGCUGCGACAGGUUUCCCAGCAUGCCCAGCGAUCCCAGCGUGGUUUCCAGCUGCAGCUCUUCAAGGCCCAGCAGGAGAAGAGCCGACUUCAAGAAGAGCUUGAGGAUCUUAAAAGACGCCAGGAGGGCGGAGCCAAGGAGAAGACAAUUAGUCCCACCCUGGAGGAGACACAGUGGGAGGUUUGCCAGAAGUCCGGCGAGAUCUCCUUGCUCAAGCAACAAUUUCGAGACUCUCAGGCCGAGGUGACCCACAAGCUGAGCGAGAUCUUCCAGCUGAAAACGCAGCUCAGGGAGACCCGACUGGAGUUGUGCAACAGGGACAGCCAGGUCGAGGCGCUGAAACUCAUCAUGCAAAGCUCCCAGUGUCACAGAAGACCCUCUCACAGUACCAGCGACCAUGGGAAAGGAGACGAGAGUGCAACAGGAGGGUGCGCGGGCCUGACCGAGGAGCGUCUGCGCGCCGAGCUACUACUUGAGCGGCGCCAGAGCGAGGCCCAGGCCACGGCUUUCGAGGAGGAGAGGCGGACAUGGCAGACACAGAAGGACAAGGUCAUUCGUUACCAGAAGGAGCUGCAGGCCAGCUAUUUAGAGAUGUACCGCCGCAACGCAGAGCUGGAGAGGGAGCUGCGCCAGCUGAGAGCCGUCCGAGAGCAAGGAGAGGGGAGUAGAGACGAGACUUUGGACAGGGAAGAGCAAGCGCUGAAGAGCGACGUGGAAAAACAAGAGGACGGUCCAUCUUCUGGUUUGCCGUGGAUAGACAGGAUCGAAUCCUCGGAGAUUUGAUCAUGACGACACGGCUGGGCUGGGUCCAGAUGUUAGAACACCAAACUACGAUUAAUUAGCAAUCAAAGAACUACACUGUUUACCUUUUCAGAUACUCAUGCACCUCCUUCACAUUUUCGCAGUAAAAUCUUGGCCAGUGUGAAAUUAAGGAAAUUGUGUCCUUUUGGCACAAAGCUAAUCACUUUAUUCUUUAUUCUUUGGCAAAAGUAAAAUUAGAAUUUCUGUUUUUAUGUCACAGCCUGUGUGUAUUUUGAGGAUUGGAAAGAAACCGUUCAAAGACACGAGCACAUCCUGCGGUUGAUGUCUUUCUCAAUGUGAAUGCGUACAUACAUAUAAGCAAAUGAUCGGCAUGUUGUUGUUUGUUAUUCUGCUACUGCUGUACAUCUUUGACAAUAACCAAAGGAUUCAGAAAAGAUUCAAUUAGGGCCUGGUAAACUUUUCCAGAUUCAGGGAGAAAAAGCUGUAUGAGGAGCUUUUGUAUCAGCAAUGUUUGGUGCCGGGAUUUUAAUGCUAGUUUGUGAAAACUACCCCAUUUAUGGAAAUGACAAUGUUACAAGUGUAUUUUAUUCCCCAGUUCCUUGACAGAUUGAUAUGUUGUGUAAAUACGGAUCUUGUCCUACGGUUCUUCAGUGUACCUCAAGCACACUAGGACUGAACAAUUUUGAAAACUGAUCUAUUUGUGACACACACACACCUAACCCCCCACACUAUUUUGUCUUUUUUUUUUUCAGUCUUCUUCAAGCAAUAAAUGAUUCUGUCUUGCAA